AUGAAUCCCCCAAGCCUUUCGCUAAGGACGUCGCCCACAAAGCGGAGCUCCGCGGCCUGCAUCCAUUGUUCAGAUCGGAAAGUCAGGUGUGAUAAACAGGCUCCAUGUAGUACAUGCACGAGGCACAAUGUGCAAUGCAUAUUUCCUCCGCCGAAAACGAAACCCCUGAAAACGAAGCGAAAAUGGGUUAGCAUCGAGGAAUACGACGAGCUGGAGAAGCGAUAUGAGGCAUUAUUCCAGGAAAAAGGCGUCGGCGUCAACCAAGUUGAAGCCACCGCCUCCUCACAGCAUGAAACUCUUUCCAUAAAUACUGCCUCGGACGUGUCUCGAACCCAUCUCCAAUUUAAAACACCAGAUUCGGCUGUUUCAGAGCCCCAGAGGACUGUCUUCAAGCCUCAGCUGCUACAGGGGCAAGGAGGUACCAAACUUGUGGACAACAGCCUGUGGUCACGGGUGGCACAAGAGAUCCGUGAUGCACAAGACGUCUUUGAAGAAGAAGACUCAACGGCGGGCUCUGUCGAGGGCGGAUCGCCAAAAGACGAUUUUUCUUAUGUUCUGGGCUACAAUGUGCUCGCGGCUGUAUCCUUGCAUCCACCCUCUCAGCACAUCGAUCAGUUAUGGCAAGUUUUCAUCAAAAAUGUUAAUCCUCUCACCAAAAUAGUGCACGUACCGAGCUUGAAGUCCGCAAUAGAGAAAGCUAGCAACAAUAUCGAUCACAUCCCGAAGGGCUUCGAGGCACUCAUGUUCGCCAUUUAUAGCAUCGCUGUCUUGUCGCUGACUGAAGACGAAUGCAAAGAGAUACUGGGUGAAACCCGGGUAAUACUGCUUUCCUAUUACGUGGCAGCUACGAAAAGGGCUCUGUUUCGUGCAAAGUUCAUGAGCACCACUAGCAUUGUGGUUCUGCAGGCGCUGGUCCUCCACAUUCUCUCAAUUCGAGACGACUACGAACCACGUGCGGUGUGGAGUCUCAGCGGGGUUGCUCUCCGUGUCGCAGAAGGUAUGGGCAUGGGCCUUGAUGGCACAUUUCUCGGCUUGCCACCCUUUGAAACCGAGAUUCGUCGACGCAUCUGGUGGCAGAUCAGGUCGCACGACGCUCGUGCAGCAGAGCUUAGCGGCCAGGCCAAGUUUCGGGGAGACUUUGAAUUCACUGAGACCACUCCGAAGAUGCCCGCGAAUGUCGACGACCGUGAUAUUUAUCCUGCAAUGUCGCAAGCAGCGGUCGAGUCAACGAGACCAACAGAGAUGAUAUUCUGCAUGAUCAGGUCGACAAUGGCAACCUUCGCGGCGGCGCAAAUAAAGAAAAUAGGCAAAGUACGCAAAGCCGCUUUUGCAUCUGAUGAAUAUCCUGCCAUGGACGACUUGGGAGGGAAGGACGAUUUCAUCAAAGAGGUUGAAGACAUCUUGGAAACAAAGUACUUGCGAUUUUGCGACCCAUCCCAGCCCCUACAACUAAUGGCUCUAAUUUGUGGUCGGACAGCAUCAAACCUUAUCCGCUUCUUGGCUCAUCAUCCACGUAGAUGGGCCUACCAAGACCAUGUUCCAGCAUCGGAACGGCGAUUGGUCUGGGGCGUUGUCAUUCGACUCCUGGAGCAGUAUAAUAUGAUGCAGACCGACCCCAAUCUGAGGCGCUUUGCUUGGCAUGUGUCCUACUUCAUUCAAUGGCAUGCUGUCAUCCACGUCCUAGACACACUCCGAACAGACCCCCUCCACGGAGAUGCUCAGAGUGCCUGGCGCCUCAUCGACACCUUGUUCGAAAACAAUCUCGAGAUGUUACUGAGUAUGAACCGGCCGAUCGCCGCAGCAGUCGGGAAUCUUUGUUUGAAAGCAUUCGCUGCUCGCGAGGCCGUUUUAAGGAGACAGCAAACAGUUCUACAUCGCCCGCCCGAAUAUAUAACUAAGCUCCGGGAACAACGAGAAGCCGCCAAGGCAAGGAGAGAAGAAGCAACCAUGAGAAGCCAGAUGCAAGACCCACUUAGCGACCAAAACAGAUUGAAGACAAGCGAUGCCGACCCAACAUCACCAGACACGAUUUUGCGAUCGAGAGACACACACGCAGCAGCUCAACCGCAGCAACACUUGCUGUCAAAACAGCAGGUAAGCGACUUUCAAAGCAACGCCAGGGGUGAAGACGAUGCGUUCUGGCUCAGUGACACUCUAGGCGACGGAUUUCCACCUGAUGGAGCUGCCGACAUGAUGAGCCUAUACACGGAUGCCAUCUUGGCCCAGGAAUAUUCGCUGAAUACUCCCAAUGACGGUGCCAUAGACUGGGAACGAUGGGAUUCCUGGUUUGGUCAUCUGAAUCCCCUGCAACCAAAUGUUGUCCCGCAGAGAGAGCGACGAAUUAGUGUCCAAAGUCUGAUGUCCAAGUAA